AUGAACGGCGGCGUUGAGUUGCGCCGUAAGGGCGGCAACGUGGAGUCGGAUGCCGUGACGUCCAACCUCAUGGCCCGCGAGUCGUUUACCCUCGACGACCACGUCCCCACGACUCCCAAGAUCAACAACCACGGCUUCUUCGAGCUGCCCAAGGAGGACCAGCGGAAUUUCGGCCUACUGGUCCUGCUCUACUUUUUGCAGGGCAUCCCGCUCGGCCUCGCCACGGGCUCCGUGCCCUUCAUGCUCAAGAAGCACAUGUCCUACAGCCAGAUCGGCGUGUUCACGCUCGCCUCGUAUCCUUACUCGCUGAAGCUGCUCUGGAGUCCCAUUGUGGACGCCGUUUGGAGCCCCAAGGUAGGCCGCCGCAAGAGCUGGAUCCUGCCGAUCCAGAUGUUGUCAGGCUUCGGCAUGAUCUGGCUCGGGUCCGAGGUCGACGGCAUGAUGGAGACCAUGGGCCAACCCGGCGGCUCCACAAUCUGGAACUUUACGCGCUGGUGGUUCUUCUUGGUGCUCAUGUGCGCCACGCAGGAUAUUGCCGUCGACGGCUGGGCGCUGACGCUGUUGACCCCUGGCAACAUCUCAUACGCCUCGACCGCGCAAACGGUCGGCCUGACCGGCGGCCAUUUCCUGUCGUACACCGUCUUUUUGGCCUUCAACUCGCCCGACUUCGCCAACCGCUGGUUCCGCUCGGCGCCGCUGGACGUGGGCCUGAUGGAGUUGGGCCACUACCUCAGCUUCUGGGGCUGGGCGUUCAUCAUUGUCACGCUGGGCCUCGCGCUGCUGAAGCGCGAGGAGCGUGCGCAGAACGAGGAGGGCGUCUGGGACGUGUACCGGAUCAUGUGGGGCGUCCUGAAGCUCAAGAACGUGCAGACCAUCAUCUUCGUGCACCUGAUUGCCAAGAUUGGCUUCCAGGCCAACGAUGGCGUAACAAACCUCAAGCUGCUCGAAAAGGGCUUUGGCACCGACAACCUGGCGCUCACCGUGCUCAUUGACUUUCCUUUCGAGAUUGGCCUGGGCUACUAUGUCGGCAAGUGGUCGCAAGAGUUCACGCCCAUGCGCAUCUGGUGCUGGGGCUUCGCGGGCCGCCUGGUGGCGGCCGUCUUUGCCCAGCUCACCGUCAUUUUUUUCCCGGUCAAUGGCGUGAACCAUCUCUACCUGUUCAUCGUCAUCCUGGAGCACGUCAUGUCGACCUUUAUGAACACAGUCAUGUUCGUCGCCGUGUCCGCGUUCCACGCACGCAUCGCCGAUCCGGCCAUUGGCGGCACCUACAUGACGCUGCUGGCGACCGUUAGCAACCUUGGCGGCACGUUCCCGCGCUACUUUGUGCUGCGCUUGGUGGACUACUUUACGAAAGCGACGUGCCACCCGGGGGCGUCUGAGAUGGCAGCCAAGCUCAAGGGCCCGCUCGUGACGGAGGCGUUCUCGUGCGCAGUGCAGCUGGAGAAGGAGCGGUGUGUCGACGGCGGCGGCACGUGUGAGCUGGAGCGCGAUGGCUACUACAUUGUCAACAUCUUGUGUGUGCUGGUGGGCACGGUCGCAUUCACCAUGUUCAUCCGGCCGCAGGUGCUGCGUCUACAAGCACUGCCACUUAAAGCAUGGCGGCUGUCCGGUGGCAGAUAA